AUGGAGUUAGCGUACGAUAUACCUUCGUCAUGCUCAGGAGUCGUGACCAAUAGGUGCGACCUCAAGGUUGCCAAUCAUGUAUUGGAGAAGCUAGAUGAUGCACAUAAAGCUCUAUUUGUGCAAUCAUGCUUCCGGCCACUAGAGCACAUUCCCAAUUUGAAAUUGGCGUCUCAAAUAAUCCACCACCUUCUUCAAAGGACUUUGAAAUCAUCCGAGAACGAAAAAGACACUAUUGUGCAUGAUGUGGAUUCGUACAAGGUCCCGGAAAGAAGUAGUUCACUUUUGCAUUUAUUCAAAGGGAAGCGAGGGAAGCUAACAAAGAAAGAGUUGCUCAAGAAAUUUGAUGAUUUGGUAAAGAAGAAGGGAGAUGCAGAUUUGAUAUACAAAUUGGGGCUUCUCACGGUCCUGGAGCAUGUGGUUUUGUCUAACGAGUGCCGGACUCUUGUGGAUGAAAAAUGGUUUCAUCUCGUUGAAAAUUUAGAGGAGUUCAAUCGCUAUCCUUGGGGGAACUUGUCAUACGAGUACACCGUAAAGUUGUUCAAGCGGAAGAGGUUUGAUAGUAUAAAAAAUUCAGAGAUGAAGUAUUCUUUGCAUGGAUUUCCCCUAGCUAUCAUGGUUUGGGCAUUUGAGGCACUGCCUGAGCUUGGAAGAAAAUUUGCUGAAACUUGUGGUGUCGGUGACAGUCAUCCGAGAAAUUUGUCUUGGAAAAUGACAAAACAGUGGCGAAGCGAGCAACUUAGUACGUUUUUCAACACGUCGGAGGUUAAAGUUCGACGAACAUUACAACCUUCAAGGGAUGAAGUUCAAAGUUCAUACUUGAAGGGAUUCCGUAUUGUCCCUGAAGAUGAGGAAGAAGAAGAAGAAGAAGAAGGAGAAGAAGAAGAAGAAGAAAAUGAGGAUGAGGAUGAUGAGGAAGAGGAGGAAGAGGAAGAAGAAAAAAAUGAUGCAUCUCAGUCUGAUCCACCACAACAGCAAGUUUUUGGUGCUGAAGAGAUUUCAGCUAUAGUCAAGGAGGUUGUGAAGGAUGAGAUGAGAUUAUUUUCUGAGCAAAUGGAAAUGAAGAUGGACAAGUUUUCUGAGCGAAUGGAUGUGAAGAUGGACAAGUUUUUUUGA